AACACUGGACCACGCUACAUUUUCAUUCAUCCCUGGACAUCUGACCACUACCCCGUCAUUCCCUCAAAAGAUGGCACAGAUUUGGAAAGUUGUGGAAUUCCAAGACCGGAGUGCAGCAGUUGUGUCGUCCAGCUGGGUGGUAGAUGUUGACGGAGAAGUGGGAUGCUACUGGCCACCCUUUGGCGGAAACAAAGCUGUGAAGGCCGCCAUGAACUGCACCCCCCUGGGACAAGGAUGGCGAUUCCAUCAAAAAAUAAGGGUGCUGGCAACCUGUGGCACCUUUGCCAAAGCAAGAUGUUACCUGACCCGAUCGCUUGAGGAAGGCUACCUUACAGCAGACCUGCAAUCGGAUGAUGGUGAGAUGGGGCCAAGGAAAAGACGACCAAACAAAAGGUAUUUGGAGGAGGACAGCGAGGAGGAGGCAGGACCAAGCCGUAGGGGGAGGAGGCCACCAUCUAUUGACGCCACUCAGCUGGACAGUUUCUUCUUCUUGGUCAUCAGCAGAGUCCAUCCGCCUGCAGAUGUUUCAUCCCUUAACUUGGAACAUCCUCAGGAUGGUGGGACAGCAGAAGUUGAUCAGGCUUCCAGCUACUAUCAUUCCUUUGCAGCCAAAGCCAACUGGACGCUCUCUCUGCUGCCUGAGCAAUGGCAUUCAUGGCUCUUUUCCUAUUUCCUCCUUGCACUCCUAGGGCUGCUAACAUCUUCCAGCAUGACACCGCUGGAAAUCCACAUGCUCCUACCUCGAUAG